AUCUUGUUCAUCGUUACCGCAAUGGCCUUUGACCUAGAAGUCCUUGUGCGGCCCAAUAUAUGGAAACUAGCACCAUACAGAUGUGCUCGCGAUGACUACAACGGACCCGGCUUCAUCUUUCUUGAUGCGAAUGAAAAUAGCUACGGUCCAUCCCUUGGCGACUAUAAAGAUUUACAACAACUCAAUCGCUACCCGGAUCCGAACCAGCUUGAAGUCAAGCGACGCUUGUGUGUCCUGCGAGGCGGUGAUUUGACGCCUGAGAAUCUGUUUGUGGGCGUGGGUAGUGAUGAAGCCAUUGAUAACAUCUUGCGUGUAUUUUGUCGGCCUGGACGAGAUAAGAUCUUGACGACACCGCCGACGUAUGGCAUGUAUGGCGUCUGUGCCAGUAUCAAUGAUGUCGAUGUGGUCAAGAUCCCACUCGACCCACACAAUGCAUUUCAGCCGCGCAUGGAGGAGAUUAUGACAAAGCUGCAACAGGAUAAGGACAUCAAGUGCUUGUUCCUCUGCUCACCUGGCAAUCCAACCUCAAAACUCAUUGACCCAAAGCAUAUCUUACAAGUGCUCGAAUCUGGAUGGCACGGCAUCCUUGUUGUCGAUGAAGCCUACAUUGACUUUUCAUUAGACGGCUCAUCCGUCUGCACUUGGGUCAAUCGAUACCCAAACCUGAUUGUCAUGCAAACACUCAGUAAAGCAUUCGGUCUUGCAGCUAUUCGGCUCGGUGUUGCUUUUUGUUCACCUGCGGUUGCAAGUCUCAUGAAUGCACUCAAAGCACCAUACAACAUCUCCACACCCACGUCUGAUCUCGCCCUUCGAGCACUCUCUGAUGACGGUCUACAGACAAUGCGAAAACACGUCUCUCAACUCAAUGCAUCCAGAACACGCCUUGCCAAGAACCUACAAGACCUACCACAAGUCUCACAACUCGUUGGCGGAACAGAGGCAAAUUUCAUCAUGGCACAAAUUCAAUCUACAAAGACCGGCAAGGUGAGUAAUGCACUUGCGUUACAAGUCUAUGAAGCUCUUGCUCAGACGCGAAAAGUGGUGGUUCGCUUCAGAGGCAAUGAAGUUGGUUGUGAAGGAUGUCUGCGUAUCACUGUGGGCACUGAGCCUGAGAAUGAGACUUUGAUGACAGUGCUGAGGCAGGCAUUGGAUGAGUUCGAUGUAUAAAAAGUGCUCGCCACGGGCUAUGAGAAGGGACGUUAUAGAUGCAGUGCUCGUGCUAGUCUUGAGGGAAAGCCUUCGACGCCAGCUGGUCGUACAUCUAGAUAGAAACUUGGCAUGGCCAGCUUCCCACUCG